UGUUUCUAUAGCCAGGAGGAGCCCGGAGGAGGAGUUUAACUCCAGCCUUGCAGCAGCGAAACAGAACAAACUUCUCUACGGCGGCCAGAGGGAGACAAAUCUACUGUAUCUGUUCCUUCAUUCACAAAUAUUCUUUUCAUACCAGCCUAACGUUCGUGUGGAGGAGGACACCUUUCAGGCUUCAUCCAAGCCUCACGCCCAUCCUUGUCUCCCUCACUCGGGUAAAACAGUUGAAUAACGUCACACCUUUGAGGACAGCUGGGGGCUAACACCACAGAGAAGCUUCUCAUGUAUGUGGUUUACACCUGAGGCUCACUGGUGUUGCUGAUCUGCUGGAUCCUCUGGUUUGAGUGCUGCCCGCCUCGGCUGUGCAGCUGCUUUCCUUACCAACAGGAGUGAGACCCGAGGACUGACUGUGCUCUGCUGGUGUCUGAUAGGAGAGAAACAAAAGCAGCCACAAUGCUGCGAGAUGCAGUAUCAAACAUUGAGAAAUUCCAUGAUUAUCUAAAAUCAAGAACUGAUGCCCGUGUCAAAGACUACCCUUUAAUGCAGGACCCCUUACACAUGACCUCCAUCCUGCUGACCUACAUCUUCUUCUCAUUGUACAUGGGGCCCCGCUUGAUGGCAAAUCGCAAACCAUUCGGCCUGAAAACGGCCAUGAUCAUCUACAAUCUCAGCAUGGUUUUAUUAAAUGCAUACAUAGUGUACGAGUUCAUGAUGUCAGGAUGGGCCACCACAUUUACAUGGAGAUGUGACCUCAUUGACACUUCAAAUAGUCCACAGGCUCUUCGGAUGAUUCGAGUGGCUUGGCUGUUUUACUUUUCAAAAUACAUCGAACUCCUCGACACAGUGUUUUUUGUGCUAAGGAAGAAACAAAGCCAGAUCACCUUUCUGCAUGUCUUCCAUCACUCCUUCAUGCCAUGGACGUGGUGGUGGGGCAUCACACUAACUCCUGCUGGAGGAAUGGGCUCCUUCCAUGCCAUGGUGAAUGCAGCCGUCCACGUCACCAUGUACUUCUACUAUGGGCUCUCUGCUGCAGGACCUCGCUUCCAGAAAUACCUGUGGUGGAAGAAGUACAUGACCGCCAUCCAGCUGACACAGUUUGUUCUGGUCUCCAUCCACAUCAGCCAGUACUACUUCAUGGAGAAGUGUGACUACCAGGUCCCUCUUUGGAUCCACCUCAUUUGGAUGUAUGGUGUCUUCUUCUUCCUCCUCUUCUCCAACUUUUGGAUUCAGGCCUAUGUUAAGGGCAAGCGGCUCCCUGUCAAGGAGGAACAACCAAAACUGAAUGGCUCUACUAGUGAACCCCUCACUGUGGUGGCCAAUGGGAAACAUGUGGAGAAUGGCAAUGGUGUGCACAACUACACCAAUGGCAAACUCGUCCUGGGAAAAGUGAAGGAAGUCUGAGACAGGGACUGGAAGUGAAGGAGGCUCUUUGAAGCUUCCUUUAAAUGUGUCAUUCAUCACAGAAGCAGAUUGGGAUUUGGCCCAGAUUUCUUCUAAACGUCAUAAUUUCUGUGUUAGCCAUUUUUCUUGUGCACACUGGUUGGGAUAUGAAUAGCAUGUUGUUUUGCUGGUGAUCUCUACCUGCUACAUUAUGUUUGUCAGUUGUUGUAAAAAACUAUUAACUGUGAUGAACACUAUGAAGAUUGGUGCUCACUUCCUCACUGAUAGUAUUCUGCAACUCAGGCCGAACCCACAUGAGUCUGACAUACACUGUUGAGCUGGCAUGCCCCCUGCUGCUGCUCAGGAGAACUACACAGUUUCCACUGAAGGCUAGCACACUUAAAUAACUGCAACAAUGUCUAGAACAUAAAAAAUAUUGUACGUGUCAAAUAUAUAGAUAUUUUUUCUGUUUUUAUUUAUCUUUUGAAAUAAAACAAAUUUUAGAUAAAGGUCUGUGUCAUUUGGAAAGCAGUUAUGGUGUGCACUGUGGUGGUAAAAUACCACACCAUCUUUUUUAAUUGUAAGAACUGUGGGAAAGACAUUUUAUACUGUAUAUUACAGUAUUGAUGCAUUUUGCAUUUUUGCAUAAUUAGGCAGUGACAUGCACUGCGAGGCUAUUUUUGUUUAUCCAUAUUAAUCUAAUGAGUUUUGCAACAUUGCACUGUCAGCAAACUGGGCAUGAAGUUAAUACAAAGAACUUUUUUAUGAUAACUGUUUAACUAAAUAAUACUGUAGAGGCUGUUUCAUAAUGUCACUGCAGAAUGUAAAUACUAAUAAACCUAACAGUGUUUUUAAUGCUCUUGUUGAUCACA